AUGGAGAAGAUCGUCCGUACGGUGUACCGGCAGCUCUACAAGAAGGCUGCCAGUGUCGACAAGGACAUCGCGCUGCGGUCCGUUCUGACGUGCUCGCCGCAGCGGGUGUACGACCAUCGCCGCGGCGGGUGGAUUGCGUUUGACGUGGCGAAGCAGGCGGGCUGGCCGGAGUCCCGCGUCUUCCUCGACGGCCUCAUUCGCAGGCUGAACUGCGGCCGCGAGUUUUACAUCCCACAGAAUGGACGCGACGCUGACGACAACUCCCGCAGCGGCGGCGGCGGCGGCAGCAGCAGCAGAGGCGGUGCUAGCGGCAGUGGCAACAACACCAAUAAUGAUGGCGGCAAGGAGCCGUCCCCCUCGCUUCUGCAGGUCCUUCGGACGUCCUUUGAGGAGACGCCGUUUUCUAUUACGCAGAUGAAUAACGCGUUUGCGGCACUGAAGGAGCUUGCGUACGUGACAGAGAUGGCGUCAAAGCACUACGGCUCGGGUGUGUCGCCGCCCCCGGAAGCCAAAACGCUUCCGACGCCCAAACUCGCAGUGGUGGAUGCCGUGGAGGAGAUGCACAACGUGUCUCUCACAAAAGGGCUGUCGGAUGCGCUGGAACGAAUGACUGGCGACCAGCGGGGCAUCCUGAGUCGCACCUCGGAGGAGGAUGUGCGUGUACGGGGGGAGAGGCAAAAUGUGGCGGGGAAGGAAGCCGAGGAGGAGGAGGAGGAGAACGGGGCUGCGGCGGCCUCUGGGAAGAAGUCAAGUAAAACGCCCUUUGAAACACCAAACUCAGUGCAUAUGCUUUUGGCACACCCCCAGCUGUAUGACUUCUUCCGCUACAGCGUCAUGAUAGUCAUCCGCUCCACCCCAAAUGAGUCUGCCGCUUUCGUACUGAACAAACCGCUGGAAAAUGACGAGGGCAUGACAAUGCCUGUGAAUGCUACGAUCCGUCUGAACCAUGUCCACCCUAUUUUUGGCAGGCACCUCGCUAAUCACACCGUGAUGAUUGGGGGCCCUGUCAGCCGUGGCUCCUUCGACUCGAGCAUUCUCUUGCUGCAUCGUGUCCCUGACGUGGACGAUGCCAUCCCGGUUUCCCGCACGUUGUGGGUGGAUGGGAACUACGACGUGCUGCAGAAGAAAAUUGAGGACGGCACCGCCGACGCGAAGGACAUCGUUGUGAUUUGCGGCUUUAGUGGAUGGGGCGGGGACCAACUCGCGGGGGAGAUACGCUCCGGCACGUGGGUUGUAGCGCGCGGCAGCACCGACGAUCCCGCGAUGGAUGACUUUAUCUUUGCACUCACAAGAUACGCCGGGGCCUCGUCUUCGGCAGCAGCACCACAACCAACGCCGGCGCCAGCAUCAAGAAAAGCCACGCAGAAACCGCCAUCGGGAGAAAACCGUAGUCGGAGUGCUGCGGUGUGGUCGUGGGCCUACGGCGCGCUUGGCGCACCAUACACAGAGCUUGCUCGAAAUCAGAAGCCCCUCAUGCAGGGUCCGCAGGAGAAGUAG